GACUCCUUUUUAGUUCGUCUACAAUGAGUGAUGAAGAAACAGACGAAAAUGGAGAGAAGAAGAAAAAGGAGAAGAAAGGGUUGAAGGACAAACUGAAGAAGAAGUUGUUGGGUGAGCCAAAGGAAGAGAAAAAAGAUGAAGUAGUAGUUGAAACCUCCAUUCCCGUGGAGAUUAUUGUGGAUGAUGAGACGGAGGAUGGGAAGAAGCGGGACUUCUUUGGCAAUAUAAAGAAUAAGCUCGCCGGCGGCGGCCAUAAGGCAGAGGAAGUCCCGGAAGCGGCGGCGCACCACCAAGAUGCGACGGUCAACAAACCAGGCUUCUUCGAUAAGAUUAAGGAAAAGAUCCAUGGGCACCAUCCAAAGAAAGAAGAGGAAAAGGAGAAGGAAAAAUAGGCAUCCCAUAAUGUUAAUUGACACCAAUCAUGAUUGUGUUGUUUGUUUGAUAAUCACCCACAUUUAUAUCUCUUGCUUUUAAUUUUGCUUGGUUUGUGUUGUGCUUUUUGUUUUCCUUCCUCUUCUUUCAUGUGUAUGUGUUUAUUAUUAUUACUCUAUGCUAGAGUAUAUAUGAAAUUUAUGUUUGUAUUUUGUGUUGGUCUUACAUUCUUAUAUACCAAGUACAUGCU